AUGGCGGGCGCGGCGGCGGCGCACAGCGUGCGGGUGCUGCGCGAGCUGAACCGGCAGCGCGCCGCGGGGCAGUUCUGCGACGCCACGCUGGGCGUGGGCGGCCGCCAGUUCCGCGCGCACUGGCCGGUGCUCGCCAGCUGCUCGCGCUUCUUCCGCGGCGUGGGCGGCGGCGGCGGCGCGGGGCCGGUGCCGCUGCCCGAGGGCCUGGCCGACACCUUCCAGCUGCUGCUCGACUUCUUCUACACCGGCCGCCUGGCGCUCACGGCGCACAACCGCGCGCGCCUGCUGGCGGCCGCCGAGCAGCUGGGCGUGCCCGACGCCGUGGCGCUGUGCCGGGCCUUCCGCCCCGCCGCCGACCGGCACCGGCCCCGCCGCGCCCCCGGCGCCGCCCCCGCGACGAGCGGACGGCGCGCCGCGGCGCCCCCCGAGCCCGGCGGCGAGGCGGUGCGUGAGGGGACCGCGGGGAGCGGGGCGGCCGCGGGAGGCGCCCUGACCGCCGGCGUUCCCCCGCAGGCCUCCCCCGCGGCGGCGGCGGCGGCGGCGGGCGGCGGGCAGGGGCGCGGCGGCGGCGAGGCGCUCCCCGGGAGGAAGGCCCCGCGCGGCAAGAAGAAGCCCCCCGCGGGGGCGGCGGCGGCGGCGGCGGUGCCCGAGGCGGGGCUGGCGGGGAGCAGGAAGGGCACCGCGGCGCCGGCCGAGUGCCCCACGUGCCACAAAACGUUCCUCAGCAAAUACUACCUGAAGGUGCACAACAGGAAACACACUGGAGAGAAGCCCUUUGAGUGUUCCAAGUGUGGUAAAUGUUAUUUCAGAAAAGAAAAUCUCCUAGAACACGAAGCCAGAAACUGCAUGAACCGAUCUGAGCAGGUUUUCACGUGCUCGGUCUGCCAAGAGGUAUUCAAGAGGCGGAUGGAGCUGCGGCUGCACAUGGUGUCGCACACCGGGGAGAUGCCCUAUAAGUGCUCCUCCUGUGCGCAGCAGUUCAUGCAGAAGAAGGACCUGCAGAGCCACAUGAUAAAGUUGCAUGGCGCCCCAAAGCCCCACGCGUGUUCGACUUGCUCCAAGUGCUUUCUGUCUCGGACAGAGCUACGUUUGCACGAGGCGUUCAAGCACCGGGGAGAGAAGCUGUUUGUCUGUGAGGAGUGCGGACACAGAGCCUCAAGUCGCAACGGCUUGCAGAUGCACAUCAAGGCCAAGCACAGGAACGAGCGCCCCUAUGUUUGUGAGUUCUGCCAUCACGCCUUCACACAGAAAGCCAACCUCAACAUGCACCUGCGCACGCACACCGGUGAGAAGCCCUUCCAGUGCCACCUCUGCGGCAAGACCUUCAGGACACAAGCAAGCCUGGACAAGCACAACCGGACCCACACAGGGGAGCGCCCCUUUAGCUGUGAGUUCUGCGACCAGAGGUUCACGGAGAAGGGGCCCCUCCUGAGGCACAUCGCCAGCCGGCACCAGGAGGGGAGGCCCCACUUCUGCCAGAUCUGUGGGAAAACGUUCAAAGCGAUUGAGCAGCUGCGUGUCCACGUCCGCAGGCACAAGGGAGUGAGGAAGUUCGAGUGCACCGAGUGCGGCUACAAGUUCACGCGGCAGGCUCACUUGAGGCGCCACAUGGAGAUUCACGACCGCGUGGAGAACUACAACCCCCGGCAGCGGAAGCUGCGAAACCUGAUCAUCGAGGACGAGAAGGCGGUGGUGGUGGCCCUGCAGCCGCCCCAGGAGCUGGAGGUGGGCUCAGCCGAGGUCAUUGUGGAGUCCCUGUCCCACGGCUCCCUGCCUGAGGAGAUCCCUGUGCAGAGACUCUGUUCAAACGAGAACUUCUCUACGGCGGAUGUGAUAGAGCAGUCACUAAUAAUAACAACAGCAAUUCCUGAUGACUGUGAAACAUAGCGCGACUGCACGCAUCCUUCCUACCAAACACAAUAAAGUGUUAGGCUGGAGUGACUCUGCUACACUUGUUCUUUUCAGCCUCCAGGGGCUUCAAGUCCUACAUCCAGCCCCUCUCCCUCCUCCUGUUUAAAGAUCCUACCCCCAGGUCACAGGGAAAGUUUCUAAUGAAGUGAUAAUUGGGUAUCAAAUUAAGAAGUAUGAAGCUACUCGGAAUGACUACUUAAAUGUACAUACAUUGUAUGAGAUGGGAUGUGAUUGACAACUCCAUACGUGUAAUACUGUGAAUUGCUUUUUAAUGAGCUCUCAUUCGUGACCAGAAGGGAUAGCUGGCUCACCUCCCAUUUCUACAGUGCUAGCUCUUACCUUGCUCCAUUAGUUCUACGUUUGAGUCUGAAUGCUCAUGAUUAAAGUUUACCUUCCGGAAGAGUGUGUGACUGCCCCUUUCCUUAAAUGUGUGCUGAAAGGACUGUGUCCUCAAUUAAAUUUGUGCCUUAUUUCUA